AUGCUGAACCGUGAUGAUGAGAACUAUGCCGUUUACCUAAGCCAAGCAAUUGGUGUUACUUUGGCAGAUGGAAUGUUAAUUAACACGUGGGAAGAUCUGGAACCUCAAACUCUUAACGCACUACGAACCAAUGAAAUCUUACGGUCCGUGGUGAAAUACAAACCGGUUUACACAGUUGGACCGGUAAACAAAAGAUAUGAACCGGACGGGUUAAAGGGUGAAGUUGUUGAGUGGCUCGUCAAACAACCGGACCGAUCGGUUAUAUACGUGUCGUUUGGAAGCGAAGGGACCAUAUCAGCCGAGCAAAUAAAUGAGUUUGGCAUGGGAUGGAUCAUUUUCAAACCUGGUCAAUCAGACGCUACACGUGAUUAUCUUCCAGAAGGGUUUUUGACGCGGACCCAAAAAGUUGGGCUUGUGGUGUCAUCAUGGGCCCCACAGGUGGAGAUUUUGAACCACACGUCUGUUGCAGGGUUUUUGACGCAUUGUGGAUGGAACUCAACGUUAGAGAGUGUUACGAAUGGAGUGCCGAUGAUUGCAUGGCCAUUGUAUGCGGAGCAGAAGAUGAAUGCCGCCAUGUUGACGGAGGAGCUGAAGGUGGCGGUGAGGCCGGAGGUGUUGCCCACGAAGAAAAGUGGUAGGGAGGGAGGAGGUUGCUAG